UGACUUGUGAGGAAAUGUUGAAAUGCCGCCCAUGAGUAAUAGUAACAGAGCAGUGCGCGUGUGUUGUUGUUGAAGGGUGUGUCUCCGUGAGCGUGUGCGUGUGGGCACUAAAAAGAGGAGGUCUCCCAAGGCGAAGUCAACUGAGUCCCUCCACCGAUCUGUACAGCGCUCCUACCUCAUCCGCAAAAAGCUCUCUGUUGGCCAAAUCUGCACAUUAUCGUGUGCCCGCUGGACUUUACGCCGACGCCGACCCAUAAGGACUUUUCUAUCACUUCCCCAGGCUACACCGCGGAAGUCCUAAAACCAGAAGCGCAAGCCACAGGAAUCAGUUGCCACAUCAGAUUGCUUACCCAGUUUCUGUUAGUGUGUGCGUGCGUGUAGCUCUAAAGGCCUGCGACGUUUUCAUUGAUAGUUUUAAGAUGUAUCAGGUGGCGAGGAAGCUCUUUUUUACGGACUGUCGAUGUGCUGACAAUGCGUCGAAAGCAUACGAAGAGCUGUUCGCCAAGCUGGACACUAACAAGGAUGGAAAAGUGGAUGUGUCCGAGCUGAAGGCAGGCCUGGAUGCUAUGGGCAUCAAGGCUGAGAAAGGGGCAGCUCAGAAAAUCAUUUCUUCUGGAGACAGAAACAAAGAUGAGGGGCUCGACUUCAGCGAGUUCUCCAAGUACCUGAAAGAACAUGAGAAGAAAUUACAACUGACCUUCAAGAGCUUGGACAAAAAUAAAGAUGGUCGUAUAGACAUUACGGAGAUAAGGCAGUCACUUGCUGAUCUGGGGCUGGAAAUCAGCAAAGAGCAUGCAGAGAAAAUCCUUCAAAGGUAUUUCAGAGGACUGGAGGAGCAGCCUUAUCAAAGGCUUGAGAUGGCCUUGGUUCUGCUGCAGCCUCACCAGCAGCAACAGCAACAUCAGCAAAGCUGGUUUUUCCUCGACUUGGAAGAUGAUUGGCUGUAUGAGGUGGAUGUGGACAUGGUUUUGGACAUUGGUGACAGCCUCACCAUCCCAGAUGAGUUCACAGAGGAGGAGAAGACCACAGGUCUGUGGUGGAAGCAGCUGACUGCAGGAGCAGUGGCGGGUGCUGUGUCCCGUACAGGAACCGCCCCUCUGGACAGAAUGAAGGUCUUCAUGCAGGUGCACGCUUCUACAACCAACAAAAUCAGCUUGGUCAGCGGCUUCAAGCAAAUGCUAAAAGAAGGAGGGGUGACUUCUUUGUGGAGAGGAAAUGGUAUCAAUGUCAUGAAGAUCGCCCCCGAGACAGCCAUUAAAUUCAUGGCUUAUGAACAGUAUAAGAAGCUGCUGUCCAGUGAACCGGGUAAGGUGAAGUCCCACGUGAUGAAAACCCGUAUGACCCUGAGGAAAACCGGACAGUACUCAGGAAUGUUUGACUGUGCCAAGAAAGUCCUGAAGAAAGAGGGAGUGAAGGCGUUUUACAAGGGCUACAUUCCCAAUAUUCUGGGCAUUAUCCCCUAUGCUGGGAUAGAUCUGGCAGUGUAUGAGAGCUUGAAGAACUUCUGGUUGUCCCACUAUGCCAAAGACACAGCCAAUCCAGGGGUUCUGGUGCUGCUGGGCUGUGGUACCAUUUCCAGCACCUGCGGCCAGCUGGCCAGCUAUCCCCUGGCUCUGAUCCGAACCCGCAUGCAAGCACAAGCUUCUGUUGAGGGCUCAGAGCAGCUGCCGAUGAAUCUGAUGGUGAAGAAGAUUAUGAAAAAGGAGGGCUUCUUUGGACUUUACCGCGGCAUCCUGCCCAAUUUCAUGAAGGUCAUACCAGCCGUCAGCAUUAGCUACGUGGUGUACGAGUACAUGCGGUCUGGUCUGGGUAUUCAGAAGUAGGCAGCAGAGUUCUCAGUGACCGCAUGUGUUUACGAGUGUAAGAAAAGGUGCACCCAACUUUUUUCUUUUCUUUUCUUUUCAAAACACUCCCUCCUUUUUUACAUAUGUUGUUUGCCCUUGUUUACCUGCAGUCCACUGAGACCGCAGGCCUUUGCUCAUACAAAGAAAAUCCUGCAGCGCUAACGCAGGGCUGACAGUGAGUAGGAAAAUCUCUACAAAGUUUCCAAAUGUUGGUUGUGUUUAUUGUGCACUCCUAGCUUUAUGUACUCCAACAAGCCUCAUGAUCUACUUCAGAUGAGUUCAUCUCUGGCUUUGAAAACCAAGAACACUUAUCAGGGUAAUUUCUUUUUGGUUUAAUUGUUGAAUAGAAACGUUACUCUAAUAUUUAAUCAAAAAGUCCAAGAAGUCACCUGCUGCAAUUUUCUGUUUUUUGUUUAUCUUCUUAUCAUCAAAAAUAAUCUGACCAAGUCCCACGUGUGGUGGGGAAACUGUUUCACAAAGAAAUCUGCAGAAACUAAAACAAACAAACAAGUGCAAUACUGUAUUUACACAUUGUGUGACAUCUGAGAGAGGUUUGACUUUUUAAUAAGGGGUUUCAUCUGAGGGUCAUUGGUUCAUUAAAAGGGUCUUUUUAUAUGGGACAGAAAAGGAGAACUGUGCCUUAUGUUUUUUUAUUCUCAGAUAUCUGUGGACUUCAACACCCCUGUUUUCUCUUGCCUUUCUUUCAAAUAUGUCUUUAUUAGGCGCUGGUGUUUAUGUGAAUAAAUCUGGAUACAAAUGUUAAAA